UUCCUUCUUAUCCAAACGCCAUACUUACUUACCUUACUUCAAUUCAAACCAGAGACAGAGAGAUAACCAACAACAACAACAACCACUCUCUUCUCAUUACCAACCUCAACAAUGGCUGCUUCCACCACUCUCGGACUCUUUUCUGCAAACACUUCCACUCGAAUUUCCUUCCCAAAAGUGGACUCAUCAUCAUCCAUUAGAGUUUCUCUAAAGACCAAUGCUUGCGCUGUUUCCGACCUUGGGUUCAUCACUUCGCAGCUCAGUGGACUCAAAAUCUCUAAAGUUGUCUCCAUUCAACCUGCCCGACCCAUCUUCACCAAAUUCUCUCCUGCUCUUCAACCUGUUGCCCGUAGAAUUUGUCCCUUCACUGGAAAAAAGGCGAACAGAGCAAACAAAGUCUCUUUCUCAAACCACAAGACAAAGAAGUUGCAGUUUGUAAACUUACAGUACAAAAGGGUUUGGUGGGAGGCAGGGAAGCGUUUCGUGAAGCUUCGUUUGUCAACGAAAGCAUUGAAGACCAUUGAGAAGAAUGGUCUUGAUGCUGUUGCCAAGAAAGCCGGGAUUGAUCUUCGAAAACUAUGAUGCUGCUGCCUUGACGGUUUUUUACCUUUAACAUUAGACCCCGCCUCGAGUUUUAGUAGCUGCUUUGCAUAAUAAAGCGCGCUAUCUAACUUUCUUUGCUCAGCAUUUUCAAUACAAAGAUGAAACACAACAUAAGGAUUAUUUUCACUCAUUGUUCUCUCAGCAGUUUCCAAUGCCUGAAGUGCUUUCGAUUGCAACACAGCCCUGUCAGUAUCUGAAACAACCGAACGAGAUUUAGCUAAUUUGACAUACUUAUGAAGCCAUUAAUAACUACAGUAGGCAGUCUUUGUUUUCUCGAUUAUUCAAUAUGUUCUUUAAAAGAUUGAAAGCAAUCAUGUCUUUCCCUUCCCCAUAGUAACAUAAAGCAAGAGUAGAACAUCUUUCUUUGCUUUC